AUUCCCUCGCCGGGUUUAAAUCCGCAGCGCCUCCCAUUUCAUGCAGCGCCACCGAAGCAGGUAGCCAUGUCGGCGUCAUCUGCCUCCUCCAGCUUGCUCCUCCUCUCCCUCUGCCUCGCUCUGCUCUCCCACUUCGCCGCGGCCUCGCCUCGGCCACGCGACCUCCGCUUCUCCGCCGAGGACAUCGCCGCGGUGGAGGCGGCGCUGCCGCUGCGCCACAGGAGGUCGUCGGGGACCACCUUCUUCGAGGUCGACCGCCCGCUGCGCCCGCCUAAGGGGAGCUCGGGCCCCUGCUCCACGCUGCUACUCUCGCACUCCUUCGCCUUCACGCUCACCAAGCCACCCGUCACCGCGGCGUACUCGCCGCCGGAGUGCCUGCUCGAGGCCGGCGCGGUCUCGCUCGCGGUGCUCGAGUGGCGCGCCGAGUGCCGCGGGGUGCAGUACGACCGCAUCUUCGGCGUGUGGCUCGGCGGCGCCGAGCUCCUGCGCGGCAGCACCGCGGAGCCGCGCCCGGGGGGAGUGGCGUGGUCGGUAUCCAAGGACGUCACCAGGUACGCGCCGCUCCUCGCCGCCGGGAACGCCACGCUCGCCGUGUACCUCGGCAACCUCAUCGACGACACCUACAACGGCGUCUACCACGCCAACCUCACGCUCCACCUCUACUUCCGCCGCGCCGCGCGGUCUUCGUCGCCGCAGCCGGCGGCGGCGGCCGACGCCAUCGUCCCCGUCUCGAGGAGCCUGCCGCUCAACGACGGGCUCUGGUUCGUGGUCCAGAACUCCACCGACGUCCAGUCAGCGCGCCUCGCGGUGCCGCCCAACGCGUACCGCGCGGUGCUCGAGGUCUACGUCUCGUCCCACUACGCCGACGAGUUCUGGUACAUGAACACGCCGGAGCAGAACGGGCCGUUCCGCGAGGUCACCGUCCUGCUCGACGGCGACGUCGUCGGCGCGGUGUGGCCGUUCCCCGUGAUCUACACCGGCGGCAUCAACCCCCUCAUCUGGCGCCCCAUCACCAGCAUUGGGUCCUUCAACAUGCCCACCUACGACAUCGAGCUCACGCCCUUCCUGGGCAAGCUCCUCGACGGCGAGCACCACGAGCUUGGGUUCAAGGUGACCAACGCGCUCAACUCCUGGUACGUGGACGCCAACCUCCACCUCUGGCUCGAUGGCAAGAGCUCCAAGACCACCGGUGGCCUCGUCGCCUACGACGCGCCGAAGCUGGCCGGCAGCAUCGUCUCGCACUCCGCCGACGGCAUCGACGGCGAGUACGAGGCGACGGCGAGCCGGAACAUUACGGCGACGGGUUGGGUGAGCUCGUCACGCGGCAACGUGACCACAACAUUCACGCAGCGGCUGAGCUUCGCGAACACGAACGUGGUGAGCAGCCACGGCAGCGCGCAGGCGAUCAACCAGACGACGGACGCGCUCACCAGUGUCAGCGGCGGCGGGGCGCAGGCGCAGCAGCAGGUGCACCAGAGCUUCCCGCUCUACAUCUUCCUGGGCGGCGACGGCAGCGGCACGUCGUCUCAGCGGCUGAUGCGGCGCGUGGAGAUCGGGUUCGAGGAGGCGCGGUCCGGCGCCGUGACGAGCACGCUGCGGAACCGGCAGGCGGCGGCGGCGGAGGUGACGCUCCGGGACGACGCCGUGGUGGGCGCGUCGUGGCGGAUGCACCAGACGUACGCGUACGGCGCCAGCGACGGCGGCUGCUACCUCAGGAACGUGAGCAGCGUCGGUUACGACGUGCUUUUCGACCAUCGCGACGCGUCCUGCGCCGGUGCGCGAGGGCGCUGACGCCCGUCGCCGACAGCGAGCGCCCUCCGCCUUGUCGGCGCCUCCGCCGCCCGGGCCGGUACGGUGGAUAACGGCCGGGGAAGCGACAGGGUGUAAAUGGAACACCGCAACGGUGGCCAAGUGUACUGGUCUGGCCCCACCUACUAGUCUUCAAUUAUGAAAUAUGACGGGUCAUUUUCAUGUGCUUAGCUUUCGUCAAUAAGGAAAGGUGUGAUUUGAUGCAGCAAGUUGUAAGUAGUGCAUGUAACCCCAGAUGUAAAAGAAAAUUGCUUGGCUUUGUAAUUUAUUGCAUGUAUGUAUGGAUUUUACUCGAAUUCUAUGGGUUUUAGGUUGUCACCUGCAGAAUUCGCGUGAAAUUCUAGCCAUCCAAAAACAUGCCCUAGUUGAAAAAGGUUUGUAGCUUUCAGGAAACGAAAGUUUA